AUGGACAAUUGUCUUGUGAAAAGUAUACUUCAUAGCAGUAUUAAUAAAGACAUUUUUUCUGUAUCAUUAGUGACAAAUAGAAACUUAGUGUUACGUCAAAUGCAAUCGAUCCACUUUAUGAAUGCAUACACUUUCGUCGAGAUCUGCUUAGUGAAUUACCUUUCAUCAGAAGCAUUCAGAGACCUUGUGCAGGAACUGAUCACUGAACGCUCAGUGUUGGACGAAGUCACAUUGUUGUCAGUUCACUUGUCUAAGCAGUCGACAAUUAAUACUGUUGCAGAACGAGGCAAUGACUGUCCGGAAAGCCAACCUUGGCCGUGUCGAACACCCAGAAUAUGUUUAUCAUUCGAUUUUAUAUGUGAUGGUGAACCAGAUUGUCCUGAUCUGUAUGAUGAAGAUCCUGAAAUGUGUACGGCAAAAUUAAGGCCAGCACAAGAACAUUUAGCUGGAUUUAUACAUCGAUAUCAAAGUUGGUUAAUACCCAGGUUUUUGGGACGUGGAACACCGGAGGAACUGGCAGCUAAACUUGUCGAAAGUAAGACAGUGUCCGAUUACGCAAUAGCUGCAAGGUUGAAUGCAACACAAUUAAACAACUUGAUAAAACUAAUGGAAGGUGUUAAAGCGGGUAAAGAAAUGGAGCUGUUCCUGUUGGGUAUGCCAUUGGGGGCAUGGAGCGAGCUAUACACUCUAUUUCAUCGAAUAUAUAUUAGUGGGUUUCUGGAUAACGUUGAACCAGCUGAAAAUUUCCAGUCUUUAAACAAACAACACAAACAAGAAUUCUGGAGAAAUCAUCUUAAUCAACAAGUGAAACGUUAUCUUUAUUAUUAA